UCCCACUUCGCAUCCUCCUGCUCCAGCAGCAGAGUGUUUUUCGUCGACCUACCGGAACACUCCAUAGAAACAAACACUGGGCGUGCAGACUGCCAACGACACUAACGGCGCCAUGUCGACCGCCGAAAGCGACGCCCCCGGGCCUGCUGUGCAAUCAACCAUGCCCAAUGCCGUUUCACCCGAGCCGACCGCGCCGCGAACAAUUGAUUCCACCGCAGAUCCGGGUUCGAAUGCCGAGCCGUCGCCCCCACAGAAAAGACCCGAGCCCAAGCUUUGCGUCGUAUGCGGCGCGAACCCGGGCAAGUACAAAUGCCCGCGGUGCUCCAUGCCAUACUGCUCCGUGGCCUGUAACAAGCAACACAAAGAGAACCAUCCGCCCGACCUCCCCAAACCCGAGCCUUCUGCCACCGCCACCAACGCCAACAACCCCUCAAACCCCCAGUCGCAAGAACAAAAAGAAGACCCUUACAGCAUCCUCCUCGACCACCGCGACACCUUCCAGCGGCUCUUCAACAAAUACCCCUCGCUGCCGGCCGCGCUAGCCCGCAUUCAAGAGACGACCCUCCCACCGCCGCAGGCGGACGCCGCUGGAGACCCCUUCUCCAAGUUCCCCUCCCUCCGCGGCAACAUGCCGCGACACAGACAGCAGCAGCACCAGCAGCCCUGGACCCGGGACGUGGGGCUGCGGCGGGGCGCCGAGGCGCUGCGCAGGGCGCGGACGGACCCGAGCGACACGGGCGACGGCGUGCGAGAGUUCUGUGAUCUGGUGCGGUUCCUGCUGUCGAAGAAGGAAGAGGGGCAAGGCGGGAGAGGUGGCGGGGAGGUGGUUGAGUUGGUCAGGGAGGAGGUGCUGGCGGAGGAAACGAGGGCUAUUGCGCGGUUGAUGAGGGAGGAGGGGGGCUGAGUUUAGGACGGAGAGUGAGUGUGUUUGGGCUACUUGUGUGUGUCUGCGUGCGUGCGUGAGUGAGGGCGUGAGUGAGGGCAUGAGUGCAUGUCUAAGUGCAUUUGCAUGGGUGAGAGGGAUGUCGUUUGGGACUUGGCGAGGCCUCGAAGAGCAGAUG